AUGUCUUACCAUCGAAGAGGAGUGAUGCCACGCGAGGACCAGCUCAUGCGCCAGCCCCCGUCGAACGAGGACGACAACACGGCGCUCUACCGCGAGUGGGUGGCUGAGCAGACCGUCGUCGGCCACCAGUUCAACCCAGCCAAAUACGGCGGCGAGAGCCCACGCCGGUUCGAGUGGCUGGUCGAAUCCGAGCACUUCCCCGUCGGGUUCCAGAGACCGCAGGCCCAAUACCUGGCGGCAUGGAGGGUGCUCGUCCGCUGUCUCUUCCAGUCCCUCCCCUCGACGCUGGAAGUGUCACAGCUCCCCUGGCGGCUCUUCCCCGUCCUGCCCGGCGAGCAGGCCGAGCCAUGUCGCGGCCCCAUCGGCAGGUCUCUGGGCUCGUGCCGCCGCGUCGUCUUCAGCGAGCUCACCGACGACGAGCGGAGACGGCCCUGCGGCAACUGGCUCAUGGUCGCCUACGUCUGGAGCGACGAUCGCGACUGGGUCGAGGGCGCCGACGUCAGGAGGCUCAUCAGCCGCGACACCUACUUCCGGAUCACGGCCUCGCAGCUGCGAGACGAGAACUGGGUCGACGGGUCGCGGGUCUCCCCGUGCCACCGCAGGAAGCGCACAGCGAGGCUGUGGCGCUACCAGUGGUGGGAGACCUUCUACCAGGCGACGUACCGGUGGGACGCGGAGACGGAAACCUGGGCCGUGCGAAGGAACGUCCCCGAGCCGGGCGUGGACAUCGAUCGGUGGCCGUUCGACUUGGCUGACCGGACCACCAACACCCGCCACCGGAUCGCCGCGCUCCUGCAAGAGCGGCAGUGUGGGUGGCUCUUCGGCUCGGAGCCGUCGCUUCCGUGGCUCCCCAGUUCGACGAGCUUGACUGGGGGGCCAAGCACGAGAGACGAGGUGCCGCACUCAUCGCGGCGGCAGCCUGAGGAGGAGAAGACUGAGCAACCAAAAGAGGCUGAAAAAUUUGCUGACUGA